CCCGCUCGAUGCGCUCGGCGCUCGCCGGAGCUGCCGACGCUCGGUGUUCGGCUCCCCCCGGCGGCCAGUGUGUGAGCGGUCCGCCGGUUCGUCCGUCUGUCCGUCCGUGUCCGUCCCCUCCACCGCCGGCGACAUGUCCACAGCCAUGAACUUCGGCAGCAAAAGCUUCAAACCGCGGCCGCCGGACAAGGGUGCCUUCCCGCUGGAUCACUUCGGGGAGUGCAGCGCCUUCAAGGAGCGGUUCAUGGAGUGCCUCCGCCACAGCGGCUACGAGAGCGGGGCCUGCCGGCAGCGCGCCAUGGCCUACCUGGAGUGUCGCAUGGAGAGGCAAGUGGGAGCCCGGCCCCGGCCCGGCGGCGGCGAGGGGCAGCCGGGUGGCCCCCGGGGUGGGGAAGCAGCGGGGCUGCCUUUGCGGGGAGGGGAAGGGAACCCGCAGGGGAGGCGUUCGUGCGGGAGGCUCCUGUCCUUGUAAGGAGCAGGUGUCCUUUGUGGCUUCAGCAGUUUACUUGGCUUAUGUUUUUGAUGGGGUGUAGAUAUCCUGCCCGAAGGGUGGGGUAACUGCGAGACUUAGCCAGCUUCCACUGGGCACAACCGACUUUCUCAAAUGCGCAGCUUUAUUUUUUCUAUUUUUCUAGCUAUAGUUACAAGUUAAAAGUUUUAACUUGUUCCUCAGUUCAACUGAAAAAAGUGUUGGUGGGUGGUUUUCUAGGGAUGUUUCCAUUCUUGCAUUGCUUUGCAAUGCUUUCUGUUCAGUGGUGAGUCAGGGAGCUCACUGGGAAACGCACAAAGGGCGUUAUUAAGUGCAGUUAAAUACAAGGACGCUUAUAUACGCUGCAUGGGCUGCUGGUGAGGAAGGCUGCAAAUCAAAAACCGUUUGAAAAUUACUACAGCAAAGUAUAGCAGCACCACAAAUGCUGUUCCAAACCACAUUCACUUAAAAAUGUAGUAAAUGGCACAGGUAGAAUCUUAGGAAGCUCUUAUGUGGUCUGUUAAUUAAAGAUAACCAAGAGUCAAGUCAGUUUCUGAGGAAACUCUUAUUCAAUAUCUAAUAUUGGGAAACAACAGAUUUAAUUGGAAAACUGCUGUUAAGAAAAAAAAGUAUCCCUGAAUGUUGCUUUCCCAAAACUGAAGCUUCUGAGGCUUUGCCAAACAGCAGUUGCUCCGUAUGGAUGUCUUGGAUUUCUUUAGAGUAAAUAAUAUUACAUGAAAGAGAAAAUGCUGCUGUUCUCUUGCUUAUAGACUGUGUUCUGCAUAAUGUUUUUGUUGUUUUAUUGUUUUUAACUUAGGCAACUUAUGGCAAAUGAACCACUGGAAAAACUGGGAUUUAAAGAUCUGAUAGAUGAGAAAUCAGAAGCAAAACCUGAAAAGUUGUAAUGAAGACAGACAACUUCACUCCUCGUGUA